UGUUAAAAGUAAAAAGAACGCAACGAAGGCUUGUGAAGUAUUCAAUAUCACAGAUCUACUAGUGACAAAUUGAACAUUACACAAUGAAAAACACGUGAACAGAAAAAUCGUGCUGUCAUAUUUAGAUGCCAGCAUUAAAUGGAAAGAAGUUCUUUAUUCCUGGAAGCAUGCCCUUUUAAGGAUUUAUUGUGACCAAUUCGCCCCGCCUAUAUACAUAUAGACACCGCCUUUGGGCCAAACCAGAACAUUACCGUCACCUGGCCCGGGAUACCGACACCAGAUACACCAGGUACCGAAACUCUGGGGAUGGCAUCUGUGGUAUUCCAAUAGGGGAUUCCCGUUAGAAAACAUUUUACUUAAAAAUGGAGUGCAAAGUGCAAAAACGUUCAGUCAUUGUCAUCAACGAUAAAGACGGAUCUCCCGCCACGGGUCAGACUUGCGCCUCUUGCAGCCGUUGUUGCUCGAAGUUUAUCAGCUGGACGAAUCUCGGUCUUCUCUUCGUAUUAUUUGUAUCAAAUAUUUUUCUACAUUACAAGUGCAUGCAAAUAUCGAAUGAACUGUCAGUGCUACAGCAAUCGCAGAAAAGAGAAAUUCCUCCUCUCGCUAGCCAGCUGACUUCAUCACUUCAGAAUCCCGCAAGUGUGUUCCCCCAUCAAAACAAGGAAAGAAGCAUUCGGAAGAGAAAUUACCGCCAGACCCGGAGACGUAGAAGAGAAAUUUUAAACCAACUCGAAAUAACGACUCAACGCAAUAGGGAUGCCAUAUCUCGAAUCCUCAGCCGUCCUGCCAUACAUAUGAGGGGAUCCGAUGGCGCAGAAUCUGACGCAGUGAUCCAGAAUAGACUGUUUUCAACAAGUGAGAGAACAACUUUAUUCAGAUGGAAUCACCAAGAUCCGAGCUAUCCGAAUCCUUCCUUUCAGUAUGUAAAUGAAGUACAGGAUAGUACCAAAAUAUUGGCCGUCAAUAUUACCAACCCGGGGUUAUAUCUCAUCUACAGCCAGGUGGUAAUCAAAGGACCUUAUUCAGGCUUUGAUCCUGCUUACGGAGUAGAGACUGUCAGGAGGAGGCAAUCACUACCACCAGAAGUACUGUUGAGAAGUUACGUCACUCAGGAUGGUCGUGGAAGUGCAUAUCCGAACAUGGCUUCUAACACAACCACACGAUAUCCGGUGGACUUCAUCAAUCACAUAGGCAUGUUUGAACUGCAGUGUGACGACAUCAUUUAUGUGAGAAUUCCUUCCCAGUCAUCUCAUGGAAAUUAUCUGAGGAUACCCGAACAGACAUACUUUGGUUUGGAGCUUAUCAAGCCUAAAAUCAGCUACCUGGAACAACUUUACGGAUGCUAGUAACUAAAUAAACAAGAAGCAUAGAUACAACUACCUGAUGUCACCUAGCAGUUUAUGUAAAUUUCUAAUAUCGCAGGGUAUCUAGCUUCGGCAAGAGUCGUCUUUCACAGCCUCAAAAAAUUGAUACAAUGGAUAUUAUUUCAUUAGUUAAAUCGAUCAUCGAGAUACUCUUAUAUUUGAGAACUUAACGGAAUAGCAUGCUUUAAUGUAUCGACAUUCUGACAUUCAUUUGUAACAACACACUUUUUACUUUCUCCUGAAAAAAAGAGUUUAAUGAUAUCAAGGCGUUGAACUUUAUGGUUUCAUGUCUCCAACUGUGCACAAAAAUAAUCUUAUACACUUAGUAAAGAUAAUAUUUCGUAGCAGUUUGAUUAAAUACAUUUAAAUACCUAUUAGAUAUAUUGACUGAGUUACUUAUCUGUGCAAACGAGGUUUCGCCGCUACAUUGGGAAGAGUAAGAAAAGAAAAUAUUUUCUCUACUUAUCGUUAAGUGUUUAUAGGGUAUAUUAAAUCUUCUUUUUCUUAUAAGCUUUCAUUUUUUAAACGUGUUGAUAUUUUCUUUAUAAUCAGGGAAUACUUAACUUAAAACGCAUAACUUUGAGCAUCGAAAUACGACUUUUAUUUUUUCUCUUAUGUUAUUUAUAACACUAAAUGUACAUAAAUCUACAUAUUCAGAUAUAUUGUUCCAGAUUAUAACUAAUCAAAUAUCUUUAAAAUAUUUCCCAUCCUUCUAGAUAUCACACUGUUUCAUUUUUUUCGUUGCUUUCCAGCGUGAACAUCACUUUACUUCAGCGUUUGCUGAUGAUAUAUUGACAUAGAAACUUCAUUUGUACAUAAUUCAUCCAUGUUUUCACUUCAUUGAUAUAUAUGUAAAUAUAUAUUUCUUUUAUUUCCUUUUGUUUCCUACAAGUAAUAAAUUGACUCCAUAAAUGGCAUAAGUUUCGUGAAUGGCAAUCGAGAUAAUUAAAAUGAUUUGAUAUAACGUUGAUGACUUAGUUCACUUGAGCUUUUGUAAAAAGCUUACAUGAGUUUUAUUUAUUUACAUGUCACGAGAUCACGAGUUCAAUUUCCACUGUCGACUUUGCCUCUGGCAUAUUUCAUUGCACAUGGAUUGAAGAGAAGAAUAUAUGAAUAUUUUUGCUUGGCAGGUUGCUUAUAAUUGUGACAUGCAACGCUUAUAUUAUGAUUCAUUUAGAAAUAAAAAAAAAACAUUUUUGACAAUUACUGUUUAAGGUACGAAAUUGCUUAUCUGCAAAUUGUUUUUAUCUAUACUUUAUUUCUCUGUUUGCAAUUUAAUUUGCCAUAGUAAGCGUGUUUCCUUUAAUUGAACUUGAAAGUAUAUUGAUUUCAUGCAUAAAUAGUUGU